GCUAAAUAGCAUUCUGAAUCCUGUACAAAUCAGUCGUUGAAAUAUUCAGUAGAAAAAAUUCUCAGUUGUAGAAGGUUGGAAUAAGUUCAGAAGAAAAAUUUGUAGUAAUUAAAAUAUAAAAAAAAAAUAAUAAAAAUGACAAAAAAUAACAGCAAGAAAGUGGGAACUUGUGCAUUGCCAGAGAAAGCUCCAUCUCCAGUAGUGGCCAAGAAGAGAAGGGUGGCCAAGCCCAAGCCACUGAAAAUUGGUGGAGCCCGGAGGGGAAGGUGCAUCCCCAAGCCACUUAAUUCGAGAGUUAUCCGAGAGAUAUGCCGUCUCCCGGCGGAUGCCUGCAUCUCGACAUCUGAGGCUGAGGUGAUGUACGUCAAUUCGAGAUUCGGCCGUUUCGUCGAUGCCAACAAAAGUCCGGAGAUGAGCCGUCGUCCUCGGGCCAGAGCUCCCCGCAAGCCCAAGCCCAAAAAUACAGCGAAGAGGAACACGAAGAAACCCAUUAUAAAUCUCGAAAAGUAGCCACCGAUUUGGGAUUUAGAUUGGAUUAGUUUUGCUUGAUUCGAUUCAUAAGUUUAUUUGCUUCACAACUUGGAUUUUAUACAAAAUUUGACAGUUCUAAUUUCGGUUAAUUUCAAAUUUUUUAUAUUUUUUACAUUUGUAAUACGAUAUUGUCUUGGCCAUUUACUUACAGCGAACUGCCGGAAACCUACACUAUUAAUAGGCCAUGCAAUUUUUCGAAACCAAAAUUAUUACGUGUAAGCUGAAUAUUGUUAUUUAAUAAAAAAAAAAGCCCUGUGCAGACUAACCAUCCCU